AUGCGUCUCACUCUUGCGGCCUUGGGUCUGCUCUCUCCCCUACUAGUCACAGCCCAAACUUACACUGACUGUAAUCCGACAAAAAAAACAUGUCCCGCUGAUACUGCAUUUGGAGAGUCUGAUAAGACGUUUGACUUCACAAGUGCAUCUGAUGCUUUCAAGUCAACUGGAGCCGUCACAUAUGACUCAACCAAUGGCGCAACAUUUACUAUUUCUAAGUCAGGCGAUGGCCCCCUGAUUCAGUCUGGUUGGUACAUCAUGUUUGGUCGUGUGGAAUACACAAUCAAGGCCGCACCGGGAACAGGAAUUGUCAGCAGUGCAGUUCUGCAGUCCGAUGAUCUCGACGAGAUUGACUGGGAAUGGCUGGGUGGGAGCGACAACCAGGUGCAAACCAACUAUUUUGGAAAAGGAGAUACAAGCACAAACAAUCGUGGCGCCUUCCACGACGAUCCUGGAAGCCAAGACGGCUUCAAAACCUACUCCGUCGACUGGACUAGCUCUCAGAUUGUGUGGGCUAUCAAUGGAAAAACAGUCCGUGUACUUACACCCGAGUCGGCAAACACGGGCAUGUACCCACAGACCCCCAUGAUGAUCAAGGUUGGGGCGUGGGCUGGUGGAGAUUCAAAUAAUCCCCAGGGCACCAUCGACUGGGCUGGUGGCACGACGGAUUAUAGCCAGGGUCCUUUCAAGAUGUACCUCAAGUCGAUGACUGUGACCGACUACUCGACCGGAACCUCAUAUAGCUACGGCGAUAUGAGCGGUACAUGGGAAUCUAUCACCUCUGAAGGGGGCAGCAUCAAUGGUAACAGUGGCGCCGAGCCCACAUCGACCGAGUCCGCGCCUCUCAUCACGUCGACUGCCGACAACGCCCCGGUGCCAUGGAGUGGAACGCAUAAAGAGACUUCAAGCUGGGUCACGCCAAACGUCUGGCCCUGGGUGGCUUCUGACUCCCCAACGGCCUCGUCGACAGGAUACCAGUAUGAUUGGGAGUCUAGCUCUGGCCACAACAAGCCACCAGGCGGAGUCUCAGCGAUCUAUCUUCCGCUUUACAUAAGCAGCGUGGCUUUUUUCUUCGGCUGUCUGUUCCCGCUCUGGCGUUGA